AUGAAUGUCAAUAAAUUACACGGAGAUGAAAUAUCAACUGUUAUAAAACCUCAAAUAACAAAAGUUAAUCCUCCUGAAACCGCAAAACAACAACGAAAUCAUUCGAUAAAUGCACGUAUUAGUCGUCAACCGAUCACAGAAGACCAUUCAUCAAGAAUCGGCAGUAUUACUGUUACUCGAGUGAGAUGUUUAUAUAACAAUAGCAAACGAAGAGAAAGUGAUGGAACGACUAUAGUUCAUGGAAACAAUGGAGGACAUAAAAAUAACAAAAUAAAUGCUACUUCAGUUUCACCUCAAAAGUCAAAAACUCAAUCACAUAGAUCAAGACAUCGAAAAAUUAAUGUUAAUGUCAGAAAUUAA